AUGGCUCACGUAGGGUUGUUGGCAUGUUUUGCUGGCCUUCUCGCCAGUGCCGCCGCACCGCACUUCUCAUCGGCGCUUACCCUUCGCUCUGGCACAGGCAUUUCUCAGCAGAACAGCCUCCGCACAAAUUUAUCUGCAUCCGGUCAAGAUUUGCUGCGGACGUUGACGGCGCCCACAGCCGAUGACAAAACUGAAGAAUGCCUGACCCUCAUAAACAAGCUAAGGAACGAAAAUCUCAAUGGCAUGUUGAAAACCGUCACCAAGGCAGAGGACAAAGAGGUGACUGCGAGCCUGAAGACGAAUCAAAUAGAGCAACAGACGGACAAUACUGCCUCAACAAUUGCAGUAAAGCUUGCAGGUGACAAUGUAGACACAUGUGACUCCGGCGGAGACGCGGAUGCGACGACGUAUCCCGGACUCGUAAUUCCAUUCGCCCCUAACACGGAGUUCAACUGCAACGCUUUGAUCCAGGAGACUUACACAGCCGGACUUGACCACCUCAAACAAUCGAGCUUUGAGCCUUCAACAGGAGCAUAUGAUGUUGACAAAGCUCCAUUCAAUAACGUAGACGCCAGCAAUGUGGCGUUUCUACUAUCGGAGAAAAGCACAAAGGUCUCAUGUGCCGCCACCAAAGGCUGUAAUGGUGGACACAACGUUUUAUUCUGCUACUUCAUAGAGCCUCUUCAAAAGGGAGAUAAGCCUUUCACGCCUGAGCUUUACAGUGCUCUCUGGGGAUUGGAAACAGGCGCAGCGUCCAUCUCUGUUCCCAGCGUCGCCACCGUUAUUUUCGUCUUCGCUCUGAUUAUGCGGACUUCAGCUUAG